CUUGAAUGUGUGACAAUAUAUGUGUAUAGUUCAACACCAUAAGUGAAGAGUACACUUUCCACAUUUGAUUGUGUAGUCAUUUGAUGGGUCUAAAUAUUUUCUCUCAUUGUAAUCUGGUGCUACAACUCGAUCAAUGUGGUCACUGUUUGCCAGACUUCACACUUAUAGCUACAUUAGCUCGCUUGCCAAAUAGUCUGUCUGCUCUAACCACUCUACCUGUGAAGGGUACUUGUCGUUUAUCAGACACUGGGCUAAGUGCUCUUGUUUCUUCUGCACCAUCUUUGAGAUCCAUCAAUCUCAGUCAGUGCUCUCUGCUUUCAUCUGAUGGAAUCAAAUGCUUGUCCGAGUCAUUGGGGUCUGUUCUGAAGGAGUAAUAUUUAGAUGAUUGCCAAGCCAUAGAUAGAGUGCUUCUUCUUCCAUCACUGUUAAAACUUGAGCAUUUGGAGGUUGUCAGUUGCCGGUAUCCACACAGUUCGUGAUGACUUUGUUAUAGAGUUUGUUUCUCAACGUGGUCGUAAUAUGAGAGAGCUUACUUUGAAGGACUGCAUUUAGAUGCAGGAAAUUGACAGAUUGUUCAUUGAAAGCUGUUGCUGAAUCUUGUCCUGCAUUAUGUGCAAUAGAUCUGAGUAAUUUGUGCAAAUUGACAGACUUUUCUCUUGGCUUUCUUGUGAAUGGUUGUAUUGCACUAGACAAGCUAAUGCUCUGUCCAAAUGCAUUCAGUUAUGAAGCUAUUGCAGCAUAUAUGGAAACUUUUGGAAAUUCAAUGAAGGAACUAUCACUCAAUAACAUCAGCAAGGUAUCAAACUGACACUUGUAGUUCAUUUACAUCAAGAAACAAAUAAUCUCCUUGGCUGCAAAAUGCACUUUGAUAUCUUGUUUCUCCUGUGUGAUAGAUAGAAAGAGAAGCAUGAAAGAAAAUGCUCUUAUUAGAUCUCUAUUUAUCUAGUUCUAUUUUUAAAAAUUAUUUUUUGGAAGUGCUUGGGUUUUAUGGUUCUAGCAUCAUUUAUUUCUAAGAGAUACUAGUACAUGCAUUGGGAAUCUAGUGAAUCUAUGCAUUUCAUCAUUCAAAUACUAGUACAUACAUUGGGAUAUAAGAAGAAUAAUAAAUGUAACAUCAAUUU